CUUUUUCGAGGCCAUGGCGAGGGGCGGUGGAGGGAGUGCAGAAAGAUUGACCACGGUGGAGCCAAUGGGGCGAAGAAAAGGGCGUGAUGGGGUGAUGGUGCUGAGGUCGUGUCAAUACGAAGCGUACUGUAGUAGCUGCUAAGCAGCUAAAGGUGGCCGCCCGGGGGGAAUUAUCCAUGCGCCGCUGAGUUACCGGAAUAUCGGGACCUUUGCCUGCGCGGUCCGCUGUUCGCUCGCUCCUCGGGCAGGGCAAGAUAACUAAUAACUAAUAACUAACCUACCUCAGACCUCACUACCUACUCUGCUUCCCUACCUCUUGCUGAGCAACACAUUAGCCCGCCCUGCGACCCUCGUGUGUUGCUCGCACAUGCCGUCACCAACCGACUCUCUACGCGCUCCGCCCUAGACACCCUGCCGCCCUCCCUUCCAUCGCUCGUCUCCGCAUAACACGACAAUGAAUCCGCUCUCGGUGCGAUGACUUCUCGACCUGGCCCGGGGAUUCACGAAUCUCUGCAGUCUCGUGGCAGCGGACUGCCUCCUCGGACCCAGGCCCGCCGCCCUCCCUCGAAGCCCGCCAGCACUCUCAUUCAGCCCGACUGCAUAGAUCCCACCCUCGAGGACGAACGACCUCCCGUACAUAAUAAUGCCGCAACCGAGCCUGCUACCAGACCACCGCCAAAGGGCAGGCCGCAGGUCUUCUUCACAACUUCCACCAGCAAUGCCAUCGACCUGCCUAUCCACGCCUUCCCUUAUCAGCCCACCGCGAAUCUACCCGCACCCCCGCGGCCUGGCUCCGUCCACCAAAGGGAUGCUUCACAGCAGCCCCGCAUAAUACCUGGGGGAAUAGGUGUCAAAGAUGCCCCAAAACUCACCGCGCCUGAGGUGGUACCUCCGCCUGUGCAUUUCCCCGGGGGAAAGGCGGCGGAUCUUUCCCCGUGGGCGGGCAAUAGUUCCGAGGAUACGCUGUCGGAAGCAUUGGUCAAGGCUGGCAUCAGUAACAAGCCACAGAUUAUGAACGAGACAAACACGGCUCGUCCUUCCCUGUGGUCCAACCUGAAGAACAAGUCGGGCAUCUCAACAUUGUCGACGCUGUUCGUUGCCGUCUUGGAGAAGAGGCAGCAGAGUGGCCGACUUCAGAUUCCGAACACCUUCAAACCUCCCCCACGAUUGACACUGCGAGAUUCCACCCGAGAGCAGUGGCUGCAUGACUUGGCGAACCCUACGAUAAGCCUCCGCAGGCUGAGUCGCACCAUACCCCACGGCCUUACAGGCAAAGUCCUACUGGACCAAUGUCUCAACAAGAACAUCCCUCUCCCCAGAGCGUUGUGGCUGGCCAAGUGUGUGGGCAUCAACGAACUGCGUGCGCAUAAGCGGAAAGGUCAGGCAGGCACGGUCACCUGGGGCAGAGGCUGGACCAGCUCUGUGGAGCAAUUCCUAGACGGUGUGAUUGGCAGCAUAGGACAAGGCGACUGGAAGCCCCGGAUCACCUAUGCACUUCAACUCGCUACCCAUCUGUAUAAAGAGCAUCUUCUUGAUGACGAUCAUUUCCUUGACUGGAUAGUCAAUGGCUUGGAUACAUGUCCGUCUGAGCGACUGUUCGUUUGGCUGUUAGUAGCCUCUGUCCCGCACUUUUGGAAAGACAUCACCUGCUGUCGUCGUCGUGGCAAGCGCUUAGCAGAGUCGCUAUUGAACCAGCUUGAUAAGAUAUAUCGACUCGAAGACCAGGCCCCUUACUCCGCUGUGUUGCAAUAUUUGGAGAACGUCGUGGUCAAACUCCUAGCGACCCGACCAGCUUGUUUACUCCUCCCUUCAACCUGGACUAGGCAGGGUGCUCUUCUCCAAACCCUUGCAGAAAAACGGAACCAUCCCCAGCUUAUGCAAGCAGUUAAGAGGCUCGAGGAGAGAAAUAGACGGCUACUGGACUCUUCCAAGGACGUUGCUUUUGCCUCGAAAACCCCCGCCGGCCAAAUCUAUCGCAUAUUGGACUCCGUAAACUACAACUCCCCUGUUCGUAUUGAAGAGCUGUCCUACGAAUGCAUGGACGUCAUUUCGGAUGCAACACAACUUAUCGCUAUUCUUUUACAGUGGGCAUGUUCACCAUACCGUGGAGGGCCGCAUAGAACCUAUCUGGCAAUCCGGUUACUGCGUAGGUGGAGUCAUCUUGGUGCAGACGUGUAUGACAGUGUCAUUUCGUAUCUUCGCGAUAUGAGUUGGGUUGGGCACAGCGAGCCAAACACUAUCUAUAAGAUCGUCGCUGAGCUGGUACGUUCGAAGACGUUCGCAGCCGGCCGCUAUCUCCAGUGGCUUAUUGCUACUGGCUCACUGGGACACGACACAGAUCUCUCAUCGCAUACGUCUUGGCCAUUACGUCUCAUCACCGAGAUACCGCUUACCGGACUUCCAGACCAGAUACGUACCUUACGAAGCACUCUUCUGCGAGGAACUACGCAUUCCGCGGAACUAGAAGAACAGACCCUCCAGCACGCUCAGUAUAUGAUCUCUCAGUCAUUACCUUCUUUGUUCGGUCUAUACAAUACAACAAGAACAGUACCGGAAAUCAAGUCUGAGAGGCUCAGUGCAACAGUCAAGUUCGAGCUGGGUAUUUGGCUGCGGACACAAGUUGCCCAAUUUGCGGAGGUCAACGAGCACGUUCCUACUAAAGACCUUUCCGUAGAAGAGACUGCUGCGGUGUCCUUGCUAACACCCCAAGAUUUUCAUGUCAUCCGCUCCUAUCUUGAGCGCUUUGGGGAUUUGGCCAUACUCGCCGACGUCAUUGGCAUCGCGAGUUCGUCUUUGGACCCCAUCCUACUCGCCUCCGCCGCGGAUACGAUCCAUUUUCACAUGAAGACUUUUCGUGCUAUAGGCGCCUUUGACCCCCUGUUUGGGAGAAUUGCAGCAAGAUACGCGGCUAUCAGGACGAUGCGGUUCCCCGACCGAGAGCUGCUCCUCAGCCUCUCCAACCUCGCCCGCGUGGCCCAAGCAGAUGGCCAGCUUCAGCAUCUUUUGAGCUACGACAUCAGCCGACUUGACCAAAGAAAUUCAAUUGCGGCCUGUUCGCCGGCCUCUGACAACAUGGGCGAAGUUUUGCAGCACACGGCGUCAUACUCCGACGAUGAAAUAGAGCGCAUAUUAUCCAGUGGUAAUAGCAUGGACCAGCAAAUGAUGGCUAGGGUCCUUCGCAAGAUCAUCAGCAACCUAGGAUCACACGCAGCUAAGGGCCAUCUGAAUUAUGACAGCUACUCAGUCUGGUUCCAUCGUCUACGCAGCUUUGACGAGCCAACAUUCGAACUCGUUGUAAACCAGUGGCUGGGUACAUGCUGUAAUGGUCACCAAACAAACGUCUUACGAGUUGCCCUACCCACAUUGGUUGGUUCGGGCUGUAUGGCUCUUACUUCUUUACUAGAUACCUUGCGAGCUUGUGUUGCACAGCUCAAGAGCAGUCCAUCUGAGGGUAUCUUCCAGACCGCCUUGGAUGGUCUACAUACUCUGUUGCCUCCUCCAGAGCUAGCCGGGUUUUCUACACCACAAGAUGCAUAUCGAUACCGCUUAGAGCAGCAUAAACUAUGCCAGGAAACAGGUCAUCGCAUCGCUCACUAUAUUGGCGAGGUAAUCGACUAUGGUUCGACAGUUCCUUCGCCAAAAGCUCGGGAACAGCUGUCAAGCUUGAUAACCAACAACUCUGUGCUACAUAUCAUGAGGAAUUGUGUUGUUUCGGAUCCUGGAUGCUUGUUCAAAUCCAAUCGAGAAGCACCAAGCCCAUAUUUCAAGCAUUUACUUGACACCCUCUUGGAUCCUGAUGGUCGUUUGCGCCUAGCAGAACAGAGUCCCGAGCAGCAGAUACUCACGGUUUUUGGAACUGCUAGCGAACUAUCGCUACCAAUAUGUCAAGCAGUCAUCGAAUACAUCUUCUCGUCAGGCGCAGCAAUGUCUGGAGACUCGGCCGAUGCACUCUCUGCCGCCCUACUAAGUGCUGUCAAGAAGGCGGUAGAGGAAGGGCAAUCGGCAGGUCUUGAGCUUCUUGCCACCCUGGACGCUGGACUCACCGAUAAGAUCCGCCAACACGCUGAGCGUGAGAUCAUCACUGCGUCUGCCUUCUUCGCCUUGCCUCCAGGCGUUAAAGCGGAAGAACUCGAGCCUACCUCGGCAGCAUUGGUUCAGAAAUACUUGGCGGUCAUUGAUCUAACCUCAAGUAAGCGUAUAGAGACGACUGAACAGUCUGGGAUACUUCUCGCAUUGAUAGAACGGUUCAAGGGUAUAUCACUAGCCCUCAACGAUCACGAUUCUUGCGAUUAUCGUCCUGAGAGAGCGAGCAACUUGUCGGUUCUGGAACUGUAUACUUGGUUAAACGCACUACUUCGCCUUGCAGUAACUCAUUGCCUAGCGAUGUUGCGCAAUGCCACGCAUGCACACCAGACCGCCCUGAUGGCUACGAUGAACGGUCUCGUUAGCCAUCCCACUCUGGAAUUCUACACUUCGAUCUCGGAACACAUAUUCGAUGUGGCAGUCUCCCUGUCCGAUCAUAUCUCCGACGACGUUCGAAGCCAUGUCACUCGCCUCAGCAGUGUCAGGGUGACAGACGAUCCACGUUGUCUCUUCAUCUUGGGCGCCACAGCCCUUGUCGACGGAUGGCUUGUUCUGACGAAACCCGUCAACCCUCCUUUGACCCAACCCACUUCUCAACCACCCACUCCGGGGGCUACUCAGAGUCAGCCAUCGCCAUAUCAGAGUCCGCAAUUGUCUGCCACUGGUGCUGCAACACCUCAACAACGAUACCAACAACAGCGUCAGCAGCAGAUGCAAGCGCAGCAAAUGCGAAAUUACCCACAAUACUCCCCCCAACCCGCUCAACAAAACAAGAUGCUGCCCGCGCAACUCCAACGAACCCCUUCAAACCACGCGUCUCCUUCUCCACUUCAACAACUACAGCAUAUGCAGCAAAUGCAAGGUCUUGCACAACAACGUGCAACUCAGCCUUCGCCCGUUUACUCUCAACGUCCCACUCCUGCAGCGAGUCAGGGCCAAGCGAGUGCGUCGACGGGACCUGGCAAGCUGCAGAUUAGGCAAGAGAAGGAGAUGCGACAGUAUCCCUUUGUACAGCCUAGAUGGGAGAUUCUGGCCGAAAGCUCGGGAAACCCAACUUUGAAUGAAACAGCCAUUAGCCUGAGCCUCUUCGAAGCUCGGAGAGUCUGAGUGUGAGCGUGAGUGAGUGGGGCCUGCUGCCGCAUUCACACGUCGCUCAAUUUCAACCCCUUCUCAUCCCCUCCUUCCUUUUUUUCUUCUAUAUCUACCCAUUAUUGUCAUGUCCUGUUGUUGUUUCCACGGGGGCUCCAUGCAUAAAGCAAGCGGCGGCGUUAUUCUCUCUCUCUCUCUCUUAUCUUUAUCUUUACCUGGGUUUUACUGCUAUGAUCAUGAAACGUGUCAGACAUUGCAUUACAAACGGUGUUCUUUGGGGUUUUUGGUGCAUGCUCGCUUGCAUUUGGUAGCACUGUUUUGUUUGUUUCGUUAUGUGAGUGGGAUUAUAGGUAGCGAGCGGGGCUUUCAACAUCAGAGGGAUAUAGUAUCGUGUUGCGUUGUGUGUUGUGUAUGGGUUGGGGGGUGACUGGGCGGCGUAGUGCAUAGUAUAACCUUAAGCGUUGAAAUAUCUAGUAAGUAGUAUAGUGGUA